AAUCAAGCAAUUGAGGAUUGAAACUUGAAAGGCAAAUUCUUUAGCUUUUUGAAUUUUGUAUUAUUGUCCAAAAGAAUGAAGAGAUUCGCAGUUCUGGUAGGGUGCAACUAUGCACACACUAGGAAUGAAUUGCAUGGAUGCAUAAAUGAUGUUCUUGCUAUGAAAGAGGUGCUGAUCAAACGAUUUGGGUUUGAUCACACAAACAUUGAGCUCUUGACAGAUGCAGCUGGAUCGCCCGUCAUGCCCACCGGUGCAAACAUCAAGAAGGCGCUGGAGAAGAUGGCCGGUCAAGCCAAGGAUGGAGAUGUCCUGUUUUUUCACUAUAGUGGACAUGGAACAAGAAUUCCAAAGCCUGGUCAUCCCUCCAAGCAGGAUGAAGCAAUUGUGCCCUGCGAUUUCAAUCUCAUCACUGAUGUAGAUUUCAGGCAUAUAGUGAACCGCGUUCCGAAAGGAGCAAGCUUCAUAAUUUUCUCGGAUUCAUGCCACAGUGGAGGCCUAAUAGACAAAGAAAAAGAGCAGAUUGGACCUCAUUCUACCACCAACACUUCUACCAUCAACUCUCAUAUCCGUCCCAAAACCAUCCCUUACGAGUCUGUACUCCAACACUUAUCUUCCCAAACCAGCAUCAACACAUCCGACAUUAGCACCCACUUGUUAGAAUCCUUUGGAGGCGAUGCAAGUCUCAAGUUUCGAUCGGCAAAGUAUGAACUGGACUCGUUCCCACCACUGAAACCUGAUGAGGGAAUUCUGCUUAGUGGGUGUCAAGAAAAUGAAACAUCCGCGGACAUGAGCCCAACGGAACAAGGAGGGAAAGCUUAUGGUGCAUUUAGCAAUGCAGUGCAGUUGGUGUUGAAAGAGCAUUCAGGUCCAUUGACCAAUAAACAGGUUGUGAUGAUGGCUAGGAAGCUCUUAAAGGAACAAGGGUUUGAGCAACACCCUUGUCUAUAUUGCAGUGAUGAGAAUGCUGAGGCUACUUUCUUACACCAGCAGCCUGAGAACAAGACCAAGCAAUGAAGCUAAAUGAACUUGUUUUUAAAGGUGUGUGUGUGUGUUUUGUUUUCUGGGUGUUUCCUUCCAUGUAUGUUCUUCCGUUGCAAUAAUGGUAAUAUGGUAUUGUGCUUGAUGAAGGUAUCAUAGAUUUAUCAUAAGUAUUUGAUUGAGAUUUGUCAUUUUAUUGACAAUAA